CCUGAGAGCUUCUCGGGCCUUUCGAGGCCCAGCCUCCGCUGCAACCUGUCGAGUUAAACAGGGGAAGAGAACAAGCACCCUGCAACCUCGCGGCGACCGCUCUUCUGAGAAGAGGGAAGACGAUGGAGAAAGCGCUGAGAGUGUACGGCGAAGUGCUGAGGCUCGUGAGGCGGUUGCCCAAAGACACGAGGCCUUACUACGCCAAGUACGCCCGCGAGAACUUCGUCAACUACCGAGAGGUCGACGCCGGCGACCCCAAGGCCCUGGACGAGCUCUUCCACCGAGCUUACAACCACUCCAUCUGGGUUCUCAACAAGUACUCGGUGGAGGAAUCUGCUGCGCAUAGGCUCAAGGAGAUCUGCCUCGGUUGAUGAAUCAAGCCAAGCAGCAACAUGAACAAAUCCCUGUGUUCUGCGAGCUUCGGUUUCAGGAGGUUUCAGAUGGAUGCUUGCACAGAUAUUGGGUCUCUCAUGUUUCUUUGCCUUUUGCUUCCUGAGCUCUCGAUAUUCACUAGAGUGAAGGGAGGAGUGGCCAAGAUAACCACGGCACUCCUAAAGCAUUUGUGGGUUGUCUGUUGUCUGUGGUUAUACUACUUUUUACAAGGAUCCUUUGGAAUGCUGAGUGAAACCGGGAACUGUGUAAUUAAGUAGUUUUGAUUUAGAUACAGCAGAAACCAGUAAUCGGCGGUACUUAUGUUGCCUUGUUCUUUAGAGGCUACUGACUAUGGGACUAAUUUUCAUGAUGGCUUUAGUUGGAUGAAGCAUGUCAUGCUUU